AACUUCCCCAAAAAGAAUAAAGCUGCAACAGGAAAAAGAGAAAAAUUGCAAGAAAAACUCAACUGGGUUCGCUUGAUUAUAAACUCCUCCCUGUUUGGUGCUGCAACAAUGAGUGGGAAGUCCUUACUCUUAAAGGUCAUUCUCUUGGGUGAUGGUGGAGUUGGGAAAAGCUCACUUAUGAACCGUUAUGUAACUAAUAAGUUUGACUCCCAGGCUUUUCACACCAUAGGGGUAGAGUUCUUAAAUCGAGAUCUGGAGGUAGAUGGACGCUUUGUAACCCUCCAGAUCUGGGACACUGCAGGGCAGGAACGUUUCAAGAGCCUUAGAACACCCUUCUACAGGGGAGCAGAUUGCUGCCUCUUGACCUUCAGUGUGGAUGACCGGCAGAGCUUUGAGAAUCUAGGUAACUGGCAAAAAGAAUUCAUCUACUAUGCAGAUGUGAAAGACCCUGAGCACUUCCCCUUUGUAGUUCUGGGUAACAAGGUAGACAAAGAAGAUAGGCAAGUGACUACUGAGGAGGCACAAGCCUGGUGCAUGGAGAAUGGUGAUUACCCUUACCUAGAAACUAGUGCCAAAGAUGAUACUAAUGUGACAGUGGCCUUUGAAGAAGCUGUCAGGCAGGUAUUGGCUGUAGAGGAACAGCUGGAACAUUGCAUGUUAGGUCAUACCAUUGACUUGAAUAGUGGCUCCAAAGCAAGUUCUUCAUGCUGUUAAAAACAAGGAGCCUUUAAAAAAUGUGCUCCAAAUUGGACAGGGCAGAGGUGUAAGAAUUACUGUGCCCCUCUAAGUGUGCACAAACACAUUAAAAGGUAAAUAAAAGGUUCUGACUGUGAAAUAGAGCCUUUCAGAUUGAAUUUGUAGAGCGAUUAUUAAAAAGAAAAAGCUUUAUUGAGCCAAGUGUAUUUUGUGUGAUUUCUGCUAAUUUCCCUUCUUGUGUGCCUCAGGAAAUUUCAGAAAGUUUUACUCCUGAGAGGUUUAAAUAUUUUAAAAUCACUGUUGAAACCUAGAAGCCAGCUGCAUGAAGGAGUAAAGGAGCUACAGCUAUCCCUUAAAAUGUUCCACUAAUCAACUAGCAAAUGUCACUAUCAAACUCUCGCCAAGCAGUUUCUGACAUAUUUGCCAAAGGGAAAAAAAAAUAAGACUGAGCUGGGUUACAGAAAAAUAAUAAUGAAAACAAGGAUUCUUAAGCUUGAAAUAUAAAAAGGGAUGAUGAAGAAUGUAAAACCGUAAUGAUGAAAACGGAUUUAUUUAAAUUCUUACUUAUGGGUGGCUCCCAUUUGUGCUUUUCAAAACAGUAUCAUCCCAGUAAGGGAUAUUCUAAUAAUGACACUAGAAAUUUAUUGUAAUCUAUGUAUUUGAAGUCACUGGAUACUAGUGAAUGGAUUGUGCUUAAAUAUGCCAAUCACCUUUGCAAAUAAAUGGUUGGUCUGCUUUUUCCUUGUAAAUUUGCUGUUGCUGCAUAGAGAUGUUGCUUCUCUGACAACCUGUUAUCAAUUUAGCAGUGCUGCUUACUCUAUGGCUUUGGGUUCACUGCUCUCUGCUGUGGUCUACUGUGCUGGCUAAUGAAGAAGGCAUCAGAAAAGAUUGGGAGAUAACAUGUUUUUUUCACAAUGUUCCUUAAACUCAAAUAUUGUAUAAAAAGGGACUUGUUUCUUUUAUGUUGCACUGUAUAUUCAGCCAGCCAAAGUAGGACAUUGAAAAUGACAGAAAAAGAGAUUUUGUAUCAGUAUGAAUUUCUCAUAAUUAGAGUAGCCCAGCAGUAGAAUAGACUGCCUUAAUAGUGAACUCCCUUCCAGUGAAAGUAUUCACUGAUUACCAUCUGUUAAAAACAUUAUAAAAAGAAUUUGUUUACUGGCUAAAUGCUUAGUAUAAGGUCCUUUCAGCUCUAAUUUCUGUAAAUUUAUAAACAAUGCCACGUUAUAGUUAUAUUUAUCUUGAGAUAACAGCUGAGACUAUGGAGAGAGGCUUUAAAAAUUGUCAGCCUAUUCUGUGAUCAGCCUUUAACUAACAGCAACUACAUAGCUAUUUUUUUGUUUUGCACUGUGGCAGGUAAAAUCCUUAAAAUUCUUAAUCUCUGAAACAAACAUCCUGAAGAUACCAUAUUAGAACCAAAAAUGGUUUGACAAUUUUUGAUUACCAUGACUGCCAACUAUAUAGUGUAUUAUGAGUAUGAACUCUAGUUCUUGUUGAUUGUUCUAUUUGUUCUACAUAGUAUUUACUCUGUCCUUUAAAAAAUCUGUAAUAAAAACUGGGACCCAGUGUAGUGAGGGAGAGUUAGAAAUGAUCCCCAAAACAGAACUGGGUCGGGGUGGGUGGAGAGCUUUUACCGGACUACAGCCUAGAACUCUCCAUAGUAGCCACUUAUGGAAUCAGCCUUACAUGUGGGACCUUACAUGCUUUAAGAGCUCUGGGACUUUUUGGCCACAUAGAUGAGAGGAAUACAGUAUUUUAACAACCUAGUUGUACUCAAUAUUUUGAAUUAAAAUAGAAUCUUGACCCCACUGUCCAAUUAACUUUGAUGCCAGAAGUCAAAACCAGAACUGGAACCCGACAGCUCUUAAGUAUUGGUUCCUAUUCUGCCCAUGCCUAUAGCCAGCCACACUGGUUUCCACGUUCUAUAAUCAUUUUCCUGUAAUCAUGUUAUGGUGAAAAUCUAUUAUAUCAGAUCUGUUAAAUGAUAAUUAUUUUUAAGUGCAUGAGACCUGGAGCCUUCUCUUUCUACUUUCACUCUGCUUACAAUAGUUUCUAUUUGUAGAUCUCAGGCCUUUGUAAAGACCUCCAUCAAUUCACAAAAGUAUUUGUCUCCUACAGUGUCAUGUGAUCAUUUGAGUAAAAAAAAGUAUGUAGGUGUUCAAUUCAUAGACAUCCUAUCCAUCUAAGAAAAGGAUUAAUUUUAUCAUUAGAUCACUUGAAGCCCCUUUCCUUUUAGCCAUACCAUUUUUUUUCCUUUCGAAUUAAAACACAGUACAUUAAUGAGAGCACUUAACACAGAGUGAGAAAAACAACAGUAUUUUGGGAGUAACAUUAAGUUAGUGCUGACAUAGAGUUUGGAUAAGAUUAAAAAUACCAAAAGCUGAAAUUUGUGACUAUCAGGAUCUGUGAACAUAAGUUCAGUAUUGUCUGUGUACUCUAGAAUGCGCAGUGUGAUAUUUUCAAUAGAUUUUUUAAUGAAAGCUAGAUUUUUGGAGUAACAUACUUCUAUUUCAGAAGGCACUGUCUUUCAAAUAUCUGUUAAAACAUCAUACAGAAUAUUUAUUGUUUAUUUUCAUGUAUUGGCUAACUUUUGGGGGGGCCUCAGAUUCCAUUCAUCUUCAGUGGAUGAUGAAUUUCUGGUUUAUUUGUGUCUGUCUCAGCCAUCUUGACCUUAUCCCAAGGCAUUCCACAAUCCUGUUGGCGCAGGUGCUGCUAAAAAUCUCAAAAUUAUGUAUCAGAUAUUUUCUUUUGAUUGUAAAAAUAUUAUCUGUGUUGAAGUGAAUAAAAAGCGCAUUUUGAA